UCCCUGCGGUAGGGAUUAAUUACUACGGAGUAACUACGUGCCUGCUAAUAAUUCAGCUUGUCUGUCUCGCCCCUAAUAGCCUGCCUGCCUGUACGUAGGUCGUGUACCACCUUCGCCCAAGCAACUCUUGCAUUCCCUUGAGAGGGUGGUUCAAACUGGAUUUAUUAUUACUUUUCCCUUCCCCCCCCUUGAUUUUUUCCUGUACUUCAACCUUUCAUACGCUGUCAACAAUUUUCUAAUUUUUUUCAUCCAUCGAUUCAGUCAGUCGGGAUCCGUCAAGAUGGCGGCAGGGUCAGCACGAUACGUGCGAUACAUUGUCUUCGCUUUCGUCGCCGUUACGAUUGUCUACUUCAUCACACAUUCGAGUUACCAAGGCAUCCGGCUGCAGGAUGGCACCUUUCCUGGCGGAUCACAAGGAGGCCAUGGCAGCGACACAGGGACAGCGAGCGGAGACCAGCAGACGUCACCGCAGCCCAACAGUCCUCCUGCUGAACGACCAGGUGUCAUGUCUGACUACGAUCCCAAAGAGUACCCGAUGGCCAUGACGCCGAACGAUCCCGGUUGGAACGACCUUGUCGGCAUCGCCCCUGGCCCGCGCGUCAACGCCACCUUCGUGUCGUUGGCAAGGAACAGCGAUGUCUGGGAUAUUGCGCGCUCCAUCCGCGAUGUCGAAGAUCGCUUCAACCGCCGAUAUAAUUACGACUGGGUCUUCCUCAACGAUAAGCCGUUCGAUGAUACCUUCAAGAAGGUGACCACCUCCCUCGUGUCCGGCAACACCUUCUACGGCGAAAUCCCCGCUGAGCACUGGUCCUUCCCGGAAUGGAUUGACCAGGAAAAGGCACGCAAGGUCCGCGAGGACAUGCGCGAGCGCAAAGUCAUCUACGGUGACUCCGUCAGCUAUCGCCACAUGUGCCGCUUCGAAUCGGGAUUUUUCUUCCGUCAACCGCUCCUUAUGAACUACGAAUACUACUGGCGCGUGGAGCCCUCCAUCUCGCUCUUCUGUGAUCUUCACUACGACCCUUUCCGUGUCAUGAAAGAGAACAACAAAAAGUACAGCUUCGUCCUGAGCUUGUACGAGUAUAAGGAGACCAUUCCGACCCUCUGGGACAGCACCAAGAAGUUUAUGAAAAACCAUCCCGAGCACAUUGCGCCGGGCAACUCAAUGCGUUUCCUGAGUGACGAUGGCGGUGAGACGUACAAUCGCUGCCAUUUUUGGUCUAACUUUGAGAUUGGGAGCCUAGACUGGCUCCGGUCUAAGGCCUACGUCGACUUCUUCGAAUCGCUCGACAAGGAUGGUGGCUUCUUCUACGAGCGCUGGGGUGAUGCGCCCGUGCACUCCAUCGCCGCCGGUCUCAUGCUGCCGAAGGAAGAGAUUCACUUCUUCGACGACAUUGGGUACUUUCAUGGGCCCUUCACGCACUGCCCGACGGGCGAGCAACGCAAAUUGGACCUGCGCUGUCACUGUAACCCCAAAGAUAAUUUUGACUGGAGGGGAUAUUCUUGCACGAGUCGGUACUUCGACCUUAACGGCUUAGAGAAGCCAGAGGGCUGGAAGGACGAGCCUAAAUAAGACGGGUACAUCCCGCACAAGAUAAGAGCAACUGGUUGUACUAACAUUACAUUUAUUAUGAAAAUGGGAUUUGUCCUAUACUCGUCCGGAAUGGUUAGGACAAUAGGCAGAUCGAGGUAUUGGGGGUUUUUUUUUAUGUGGGAGGCGUCAAGGGUUUUUCAUGGACUGCUCAUACAAUCCUAGCAAUUGCAAGGGAAGAUUGCUCUGGUAACGACGACGGGCGCAUUUCCCAAAUAACCUGCGGUGUGAAUUUACAAUAAAAAAUACAUAGCGAUGUCCUCCUCUCAUAUACCACCCUCAAGGUGACAUCUCUCCUGACC